AGUGCUAGAAAGACUUGAAUUCCCAUUACAAUAUUUUUAACAACUACUCACUCUCAAACAUACACAGGGGAGAGAGAAAUCAUGGUUGGUGGUCACUUCCACACCAUUCUCCAUGCCACUUCAAGAUCAUCCUUGCUAAAGUCCACUACCAGUAAGCCAUUCUUCAACAACACAAUCAAGAAUUAUGGACAAGCAAGCAAUGGAAACCGUAGCCGUUUGAUGGAAGAGAGGGCACCCUCCACAGCUGAAGAAUUCCAAAGAGUUGCUGAGGAAAAAGCCAGGGAGACGAAGGAAGGGGUAGCAACUCAGAAUGUUGACAAGUUAUGUGAUGGUGCACAAAUUGGUGACUCCAAGAUUGGAUCUGUCAAGAACUGAGAUUAUAAUUUAGAAACCUUUUAUCUGAGCUAUCAGAUUUCUAUCUGUUAUGUGCAACUAUAAUAAGAUUAUGUUAUUUUCCAUGAGCUUAAUUGUAAGUGUUUUCUGCAGCAGCAGCAGCAGAAGAAGAAAAAUAAUUUAAGGUUUCAGUCUUUUACAGAGAUAUUAUCAA